AUGAACGGUAUCGAAGAAGCCAUGGACGAUCUCGAUAGCGUUGGAUUGGGCCUCUCGGGCGUAUUUAGUCCGUUGGACUAUAAACCGCAAAACCAGGUAAGAAUCAUCAGUAAUUUAACACCCACAUCCUAUCAUGGUAUCCUGACAAGAAUCACGCUUCUCAAGGAGGAUAACGAUACUUGGAUUAUUACUAUCCUAGCAGGCGUCUUUGGAAUGGCGGGCGGAAUUCUUACCGGAGCUCUAGGUCGUUUCACUGAGGGAAAUGGGUUUCAAGGCGCCAUCAAUGCAGACGCAGCGGCUGGAAUGGCGAGUGGACUUACCACUAUCACCAAUGGCAUGGAAAACGCGUUGAUCACAACGGAAAGUGAUGCGUAUGUAUACACAACCAUCCAGGCUCAGUUCGAACGUUCUAUUCGGUUAACAUAUUUGAUAGUGUUGCCCAGGGGCUUCGUGUCUUCGACAACGAAGUAA